UACAGAGCUGCUCCUUGGCUGACAGCUGUAUUACUGCUGAUAAGCAGGACACUGCACACACUGAUCAAACAGCGGGGAGAGACAGCAAGUCGGAACUGUGAGUUGUGUGAGCUGGUUUCUGGCUCCCCCUCUCUUUAUCUGUAUCUCUCUCUCUCUCUCUCUUUCUUUCUCUCCCUCUCUCUCUCUCUCUCUCUCUCUCUGCCUCUCCCUCCUUCUCUGUCUCUCUCUCCUUCUCUCUCUCUCUCUCUCUCUCAGCAAGUUCUGUCACACAGCCAGUGAGUGCACAGCACAGAGGCUCUGGCAUCGCAGCUGUAUGAGGCAUCUGUACACACCACCCAGAUGCCGAUUGAAAUCGUUUGCAAAAUUGCAUUUUCGGAGGAUGACGAGAAGCAGAAGGGAGCAGUGGAAUGUGACAAGAGGAGUUUGAUCGAAGAGGGCUGUGAGUCCUCCGCCACUGACCUCGUCACCUUUGCUGAUACCUGCUCGCUGCAUGGUAUAAACCACAUCUUUGUCCCAGGUGGCUGCGGGCUGAAGCAAAGUCUCUGGGCACUUGCCUUCCUCUCCUCGGUGAUGUUCUUUCUCUACCAGGUGGUGAACUGUACCAUGUAUUAUCUCAAACAUCACCAUGUCACAGCCCUGGAUGAGGAGUCUUAUCAUGAGAUCCCCUUCCCCGCCAUCACUAUCUGCAACAUGAACAGGUUCCGCCACACUGCCCUGACAGACGCUGAUAUCUACCACCUGGCCAACAUGACAGGAUUGCCCCCAAAGAGCAAGGAUGCCCACAAAGCAGUUACACAGGGUUACCCUGUAGCUGACAUGAUGGAUAUCUUCAACAGGACUGGCCACCAGAUCGAAGAGAUGCUGAAAAACUGUAACUUUAGCGGUUCCUACUGCUCGGCCCACAACUUCUCAGUGGUGUACACCAGAUAUGGGAAAUGUUAUACCUUCAAUGCAAACAAGACAAAUGUCAAGAAGACGAGGCAAGGUGGCAUGGGGAAUGGCCUGGAAAUCAUGUUGGACAUCCAACAGGACGAGUACCUGCCAAUUUGGCAGGAAACCGAUGAGACGUCCUUUGAGGCCGGGAUCCGGGUUCAGAUUCACAGUCCAAGCGAACCCCCCUACAUCCAUCAGCUGGGUUUCGGAGUGCCCCCAGGAUUCCAAACCUUCGUGUCAUGUCAGGAGCAAAGGCUGACAUACCUGCCUCCCCCCUGGGGUGAGUGUCGCUCUGACCUGAAGGCGGACCUCCCUGGCUACCAGGAUUACAGUUUGACUGCCUGUCGUAUCCAGUGUGAGAAGGAAGCUGUCCUGAGGGAGUGUCACUGUCGGAUGGUGCACAUGCCAGGUGCAGAGGUGAUCUGUAACCCAGAGCAGUACAUGGAGUGUGCUGACAGGAUCCUGGAUGGACUGAUCAUAAAUUCAAACCAAAGUUGCAAGUGUGAGACGCCCUGUCACCUAACAAGGUACAAUAAGGAGCUCUCCAUGGUGAAAAUACCAAGCAAGGGCUCCUCCAAAUUCCUGGCAAAAAGAUUCAACACCACAGAACGAAACAUUAAGGAUAACUACCUCGUGCUCGAUGUUUACUUCGAGGUGUUAAACUUUGAAACCAUUGAACAGAAGAAAGCAUAUGAUGUGGCAGGAUUGCUGGGUGACAUUGGUGGUCACAUGGGCCUCUUCAUUGGAGCGAGUCUCCUGACCAUCCUCGAAAUCAUUGACUACGUCUUUGAGCUUCUUUGGCUCCCACAUAUUCAGUGGGAAGGGGGAGUCAAGGGGGAUGGUCUUCUGGGGUCAGUUGCCUCAUGCUCCCUGUUUGCAUUUGGCACCAACAGUCAAAGGACAAAUUCCAACAAAUUCUACUGUGACACUGGGUUCAGUCAGUACAUUCCCCUGUGCCCAACGGGAUUUCUAAAUCUUCCAGAAAGUCAUCUGUUCCUGUGA